UGUACAGUAGCUGAAAGAGCACUGAGGUAUCAUCCACUUAACAAUAUUGCAACAAGUCCAAUCAGGAGGCUUUCUGAAUCAUUUACUGUAGUAAAUACUAGUGUCAGAAUGGAUAGCAAACAACUCUUAGAAGGAGACCUGAUUCGUGUAGAACGUAAAAAUUUAACUGGCAUCAAUUACUGGCAUUGGGGAGUGUAUAUUGGAGAUGGUAAUGUCAUUCACUUCUCUGGGCCGCCAGAUUCAAACAUAAGCCUAAAAGAAAAGCAUUUAGCAGAGGUCCGCCAGGUGACCAUUAAGCAAUUCCUGGGUGAUGAUACAGAAUUUCAAUCUGUACCAUUUCUCACUGAGCUAAGCCGGGCAGAAGUUGUCGAAAGGGCAAAAAGUCAAGUAGGACGUCCGUUUAGAGACAGCUCUUAUGAACUCCCUUAUAACAACUGUGAGCAUUUUGCUCGUUGGUGCCACGGCAAGGCUGAGAGCAAGCAAGUGCAGAAUGCAGUUCUGUGGGCAGCCAUUGGUAGUGUGAUAGCCCUUGGAGCCGGAAUAUUAUUUGGAGCAUCUGUUUCUUAUGCCAAAAGAAAUACAGAACGCGAUCAUGAAAAUAUUUAAUCUUAUGGCACUGACAAGCAACAUAAUUUGCGUAUAACACCGUUGUUUAGACUAGAGUUUUUAUCUUAUAUACGGUACAUGGCUAGAGUUAUUUUGGAAAUUCGAAAUACAAAUUUUGUUGUUUUAGUUUUUUUUAAAUUUCAUCAUAAAUGUAUUGCAUUUGCGUUUCAAUUUAUUUUUGCUGUAGUCUAUAUGACGUCCAGCUUGAUGCAGUUAGGCCUAAUGAUUUUUUAUCGAAUAAUGUGAUAUUUUUAAUGAAAUCACAUUUCGUUAUUAGAAAAAUUGGAAUUCAAUAAUUACAGUCCUUGACUGCAAUUUAUACGCUUGUUUUAUAUCAUUCAUCAAUCAGACCUUCGCGAAAAUUUAUAGAUUCGUUCUUUUUUGGCAUUUUGACAAAGAGGCGACUUUUCAAAGUUUAAUGCAUAAUUGGUAAUAUCUACAAGUCCAGACCGAUAUGGAGGAAUAUAACUGAACGACCCUAAUUUCUGAGUGUCACUGUAAUUUGACACAAGACUAUUUCUUUUGGCUUCACGCCGUCAUCCUCAUCAUUGCCGCCAGCACUACCAUCAUUGUUAUAAUCACCAUUAUCCCGUCACCAUUAAUUUUUAUCUACACAAAAGGUCGCAGAUACCAUAAGAGUUAAAUUUACAGCGUUUUACAGAUUAGGCAAUAAAACC